GUACCCUAAAAAAAAAUCUGAGCAUCUGGGCAUGUGAGCAGUGCCAGGUGGUGAAGACGAGGGAGAAGAGAAGCCGAACAAAAAGAAAAGACGGCUCUUUCCAAGGGUCAAACGCCGAGGCGGGGUGAGUUGCUGGGGCGAUUCGACCCGCGCGCAAGAUCGAGCGUCCUGGGCUGGUGCUUGCAGUACCCGGGAUCCGUCGCUUCGCGUCCAUCGGGUCUCGAGCAGUUUUCAGCUGAUCACAGCAGGAAGCAUUUGACUUGGAAGAGCACCGUUGUGUAACUGAGCACCACAAAGUAUUGCCGGUCUGUUUUGAGUUAUCCUAUUAAGUUCCUGUUAGAGUACUGGCUGGUACAAUAUUUUCCCCUAUGUUUUGGGCCACGGAAGGUUAAGAUCUUCUAUCUUGUAAUAAGGCAGUAAGACACAACCUUCUUGGUCAUAGUCUAUGCCCAUUUACCAUUACCUAUAAAUAGGGCGUUCUAAAAGCAGGACAGCGGGCUUUGUACCCUCUGGUUGUUUCUCUCUCACUAUAUAUAGACUGAUAUAAUGGACGAGAGGAGGAAUAUUUUGAUGGGCCGUUAUGAAAUUGGGAGGCAGUUAGGACAAGGGAACUUUGCUAAGGUAUAUUAUGCUCGAAAUCUAACUAGCGGGCAGGUUGUUGCAAUAAAGAUAAUUGAUAAGGACAAGAUCACGAGGGUUGGUUUAAUAGUGCAGAUAAAGAGGGAGAUUUCAAUAAUGAGAUUGGUAAGGCAUCCAAGUGUUCUGCAACUUUUUGAGGUAAUGGCUAGCAAGAGCAAGAUAUACUUUGUUUUGGAGUAUGCUAAAGGUGGCGAGCUGUUUAACAAAAUAUCCAAGGGAAAGUUUAGUGAGGAUGUUGCAAGGAGGUAUUUCCACCAAUUGAUCAGUGCAGUGGAAUAUUGCCACAGUCAAGGUGUUUACCAUCGUGAUCUGAAGCCAGAAAACCUACUCCUAGAUGAUAAUGAGAACCUGAAAGUCUCGGAUUUUGGCCUAAGUGCUCUAGCUGAAUCCAAGAGACAUGAUGGCCUCCUCCAUACCACUUGUGGAACUCCAGCUUAUGUUGCUCCUGAAGUGCUUAGCAGGAGAGGCUAUGAUGGCUCCAAGGCUGACAUAUGGUCUUGUGGAGUAAUUCUUUUUGUGCUUGUGGCUGGUUACCUUCCGUUCCAUGACCCAAAUCUUAUAGAGAUGUAUAGGAAGAUUUCCAAAGCAGAGUACAGAUGCCCUCGUCCCUUCUCUACUGAACUGAAGGGCCUGGUUUUUAGAAUGCUUGAACCAGAUCCAAGUACUAGAAUUUCUAUUUCAAGGAUAAAGAGAAGCACUUGGUACAGGAAACCCUUUGAGUUAAAUGCUACAAAGAUGAAGCCCGAAUCAGCAAGGGACAAGGUGUGUAAUGGUGAAGCCACAACCUCUAACUCAAUAGAAUGCAGUAAUUCGGAGGAAAAUCAAGGGCCAUCAAGCCUCCCUAACCUGAAUGCAUUUGACAUCAUUUCCCUUUCAACUGGAUUUGACCUGUCCAAUUUAUUUGAUGAAAGAUAUGGCCGGAGGGAAGAGAGAUUCACCACAAGGCAGCCAGCAGGGACGGUUUUUGGUAAGCUAAAGGAACUGGCUGAGAGGUUAAAGCUCAAAAUUAAGAAGAAUGAAAAUGGAGUUUUGAAACUGGCAGCACCAAAGGAAGGAAUAAAGGGACAUCUUGAGCUCGAUGCAGAGAUUUAUGAGCUUGCUCCUUCUUUCCUUUUGGUUGAAUUGAAGAAGACCAAUGGGGACACCAUAGAGUAUCAAAAGCUCGUGAAAGAUGAAAUAAGGCCUGCACUCAAGGAUAUGGUCUGGGCAUGGCAAAGCGAUCGGCACAGGCAGCAUGAGCAAAUUACGCAAGAAGAGCAGCAGCAGCAGGCACCUUUACCACCACAGCGGUAGCCACCUUUGCCAUCGCAGUAGCCACACCCACAUGACUGAUUGUAGAGCUCCUUGAUAGCACAAAAUCCAGAGAACAAGCUGCAACGACCGUUGCACAGUCACAAGGUGAAAUGUGCUCUCGGACCAUUGUUGCUACCACAUGAACCGAGAACUAGUUGAAACUAAGCAUCAUCAGGUUACCGCCACAUCAGCUGCAGGACUACCUCCAACAGCCAGAAUCACGAUUCAUAGACAUACAUGUGAUUGGAUGUCCAGGUUAACCUGUUCUAGGAUCUACUACGUUGCCAACCAUUUGGCAUUUUUCCCUUUUAUAUAGCUCCCUUUGAAUCUCUGUAUUUCUUGUAAAUCGGUAUAUGCCAUUUUUCAUUACAAAUGUAGGAUCACUAUACUUGGCUUCAAUUUGGAAAAUUUGUUUAUUCUACAAAAUUUUGUACUCAGUGUAAGUAUAAAAGUUGAUUAAUCACAAAGAGAUCAUGGCAUGUAACACUGUCACAUUUACCAUAAGAAAUUGCAUGUUGGACUGUGGAAAUAA